CCUCAACGCGGUCACACUAAAAUUGUUUACAAAAUUGCAAGGCAAACAUAAAGUCUGAUAAUUGUAAAUUAAAAUCAGCGUACCAACAUGUUUCUGUCCAUCGCCCCGCCCCUAAUGGACUUCGAGGACGAGCUGCUCUGGAUAAACCAGUCGAAUAGCGACAAGGUGGAGAUCAUCUACGACAAGUCCAACUACGUUACCCCCAACACAAAGCACCUUAUCGAGCAGGCUUUCCUCCAGCCACUCAGCCUGCAGAACCAGCACAUCCUCUUCGACGACCUGCUGAAGCAGAACACGGACAUUGCGCGCCAAUAUGGACUGACCCCGGACAAGCUACCUCUGCUCGUGGAAAAGAAUCCUCUGAUCUCCAUUGAGAUCCUGCUAAGACUGAUGACGACCUCCGACAUAACUGAAUACUUCAACGUGUUGGUCAACAUGGACAUAACACUUCACUCCAUGGAGGUGGUCAACCGAUUAACCACCUCCGGACCUUUGCCCACAGAGUUUAUUCACCUGUACAUCAGCAAUUGCAUCUCGACUUGCGAAACUGUCAAGGACAAGUACAUGCAAUCUCGCCUGGUGCGACUCGUUUGCGUAUUUCUGCAGUCCUUGAUUCGAAACAAGAUUGUGAACGUUAGGGUAUGCUCUACUACCACUUCCUCGACUGUGCUUAGUGACUCUAGUUAUGUUUUCCAGGAACUGUUCAUUGAAAUCGAAGCCUUCUGCGUGGGUUUCAGCAAAAUCAAAGAGGCUGCUGCCUUGUACCGGCUCAUCAAACACUUGGAAACAGGGGAGAGCGCUCUGUCGUCCAACUCCCUAGCAAAGUAGUGGUAGUGUUUAGCAGCUUUUAAGUUUAAAGUCUAGUUUAUAAAUAAAAGCAACAACUCCAGUUGUACAUGUAAAACAAA